AUGUGCUCGCGUGGAUGUUUGUGCUGCUAACCAGUGCUCUUUCUGUGGUGCUAUAUCGGGUGCUGACGGAUCUCUUGUCCGAAGCUGCCGUUGGAUGAGGUGCCGGGAGCUCCUGCGUGUUUGUCGUUUCCCUGUUGUUGCAUCCUACAGCGCGAAACAUCGGCCAAGAUCUGCUCUCGGACGCAUUCUGUAACUACAGCCUUGCCAUUUCUCAUUGAACACGAGGAUCUGGUUGGCCGAACGUCAGCAGAAAAACUCCUUACUUUGCUUGCCGUGUCCACGAUAAGCCUAACAAGCAGAAACUUCAACUCGCAACUUGACUCGCCACGGACGUCUCACGUCCGAUGUCUGCAGCUGUUUCAACCUUGGUGCGCUAUUCCGACAGUGGUUCCGGCUCUACUACAGCGCACGAGUUGGCAGACGUAUAUUUAACCUGUCGUGCUUCGACCGUCGUUUCCCACCUUUUUUAGAUAUUUGCAUUGCUUGGGAAAAGAGUGCUCUGCGUUGGGUCCGUUUAGGGAGCAUUUUUGCGCCCCGUGAACUGUUUCGCCACUGCGAUCAGGCUUGUUCUAGGGACAUGGUCUUUGAUUCAUCUAGUCUGCUUGGCCGUUGACUGCUGCUGUGCUGCUGAGAUCAGCUAGGUUUCGUUGGCUGGUUCUCCAAGAAGAAAACAGCAUGCCAUUUUUGCUGACACUUUUCUGCAGAAGUCCAUAAGGCCACUGCUUGAUACAAGAAACACUGAGGCAGACCCUACCAUGGCCAGCUGAAAGAGUCCACACUGAGGGGUGAUUGCCAUGAGCUCCGACGAGGAGGAGAUUGUUCCGCAGCGCAAGCGCAACGCAAGGGUGAUUGUUGAUGAAGAGGAGGAGCAGUCGUCAUCUGACAGUGGCUCAGAGGGAGGCAGUGGCGACGAGGAUGAGGAUGAUGAAGAGAGCAGUGGGGAGCCCGGAUCGUCCUCUUCCGAGGACGAGUCUGCAGCAGAAGAUGAAGGUGGUGGUGGCGAGUCGGAGUGGGAGGAGAUUCCUCAAGAGCUGCUCUUGGAAGGUUGCCAGCAGCAGGUUGUCACCAGAGCAGUGGAAGCAGUAUCGACCAAGAAGACUGUCCACGCUGCUCUGCGCAAGGCAGCCGACGCUGCAGGCGAGGCUAGCGACAGCGACCUGAGCGACGCACAGGCAGAGCGGUGCGCUGUUUGCCUCAACCGUUUCUUGGGACAGGAGGUGGGCACGCCCGAGAGCUGUGACCACACCUUCUGCCUCGACUGCAUACAGGAAUGGGCCAAGAACAUGAACACAUGCCCCGUGGACCGGUCUGUGUUUCGGCUCAUCUUGGUGCGCAAGGGAGACCGAGUGGUCCACCAAAUCUCAGUACCAGUCCCUGGUGAGGGGGAGGCACAGGAGCAGCAGGAAGAGGAGGACUUGACGUACUGUGAAGUGUGCGGUCGGUGUGAUCGCGAGGAUCGGCUGCUUCUGUGUGAUGCCUGUGACUUGGGUUACCACUGCGAGUGCCUGAGCCCGCCGCUGGACUCUGUGCCCAUAGAGGAGUGGUACUGCCCCGACUGUGCCCCUGAUCAUGCCCCACUGGAAGAUGAACCGCUGCCUGAUGAUAUGAUGGAAGAGUUCAGAGAGAUGUUGGCAUCGCGGUUUCGGCCUGGCCACGUGGGUGGUCUCCGCCGAGCCAUCGCCCGCACACGUGCCAGUGAAAUCGUGCGCAUUCGCAUUCAGCGCCGUCGAGCAGCCGUUGAAGGGGAAAGUGCAUCCUCACCUGAACCUUCUCAACGGCCAUCAUCAGCCAAACAAGCACCAGCAAAGCGUUCCUCAGCACCCAGACGGCGGAAAGCGUCAAGUCGCAAGACGUCGAGCCGCAAGACAUCAAAGCGCAAGCGGCGCAGCACCGGUCACCGCCGCAAGCGCAAGACCAAGGGAAACACGGCCAAGCGGCGCAAGACAACUGGCAGCAGCCGCAAGACUCACCGGAAGGGUGGCAAGCGCAAGAGCAGCCGACGCACUACACGCCGGUCACGUCUAUCCUCACGACCUCUGGCCUGUCCACCAUCAGUGCGACAGCGGAUUGCCGAUCGCUUGGGUCUUGCACGGCCGCCACCAGGCCAGAGCUUGCCACUCAUGCGCCGUGUCGACCUGGGGACUUCUUCCUCCACUUAUGCUGUGGGCUCACAGUCUGUAGGCUCAACUUAUGGCCCUUCCUUCUCCCUGUUUGGGGAUCGAGAUGAGCUGGUCUCGCUCGAUGGCAGCUGUGACGAAGACAGCAGGGGUGAUGUCAUGGUUGCCCGACCAAGGUUACCACGACAAUCCUUUACCCAAGUCAAGAAAGCCAUCUCAAGACCUCCAUCAUCCUCACUGAAUCGGGUACGUGCAGCUCUGGCCAAAGUUUCUCCUCCUCCAGCAUGCAGCGACCUACUGGGCAGCAUCCUGGAGAUGCAAUCUGUGUUCCAUUCCAAAGGAGGUCUCGCGGGUGCCGUUGUGCAACGUGACGGCUCCCUUGACUUACGUGCGGUGCCUUCAUCGGCGCGCAAUUGCCCCCGAAGUCCUCCUGGUUCACCUGCUGAAUCCCCAGCUUCUCCUCCGCCCUCAAGCAUAGGUGGCCACUCAACAGGCUCGGCAAACCAGGCUCCCAGCAGACGAGCAUCAAGUGGGGGAGGCUACACUUCGAAUUAUGUUGGUGCAGCGGGGGACAACGGCACAACACCUAGUCGGCAUGAUGACCAUGCACAAAGGGAAAGCUGUGGCAGUUACCACAACUUGAUGGUUCCAUCUCCGCCAGAUGCCUAUGCACGCAAAAAUGGCCGGGACCGGACUAAAAAUGGCCCAGUUGAGGAAGACGAUGACAUUGACAUAUAUAGUGACAUUGACGAUGGUGAUGAUAGUGGUGGUGGUGGUGGUGGGGGGGAUGGUGUGAAUCAUAAUGGAGAUGAUACAGAACCUUCAGUGAACGGUGAAAGCCCAAUGAGAGUGUCUGCAACAGCAUCCGUUGGCAGAGAGAGUGUGUCACGGCGUGUCGCAGCCAGCAUCGUGGACCAUGACGAGGAAGCAUCAUCAAGUGAAAAUGAGCUGGUCAUUGACGAGCAAGAAAAUGCCGCUGAGGUGCCGGAGGAUGAAGAAGUUACAGAUGAUCAUUCAAAAGCAGCUGAAGAGAGUGAGGAGGAAGGGCCCAUCCUGGAAACAGAUAAUGUGAGAAGUCCGUCCCCUGACAAUGAUGAGGCCAAAUCGCCAGCAUCAGACGGAGAAGGUGGACUGGAAAUAGUUGAGAAUGGAAACUCAAGUGAUGGUGACCAGCAUGAAGAUGAAAGUAGUGGAGCCAAAGAGGGUGAUGAUGGUGGAGAAGAAGCAGGAGAUGGUGAGGAGGGUGAGGAAGAGGAGGAAGAAGAAAAUGCAGAAGUGCAACCGUUAGCUGAAGAGGAAGAAAACUCACAGAUGAACACUGAAGAGGAAGAAACAGGUUCUGUGCCUGUUGAAGACACUCCAGCAUCCCCCACAGAAGAGGGCCCCUCAUUCGUGCAAGAUGCACCUGCAUCUCCCCCAGCUGAAGACUGUCUAUCAUCUCCACUAGAAGGAACACCAUCGCCUGCCACUCCUGUUGACGUGCCGGCAUCGCCAUCAGAAGAUGUGGUUCCUGGGGCUUCACCAAUUGAGAGUGGAGAGGAAUCCUCAGCACCCGUCUCUCCUGAAGCAGCACCAGCAGAUGAGCAAGUGGCAGAGCCUGCAGGAGGAGGUGAAGACGGGCAAGAAAACGAAGAUGGGCAAGAAAACGAAGAAAAGGUGAUUUCAGAUGUCAAUGAGGGUGAAGAAGAAGACACCCAAGACAACUCAUCCUCUCCAAAAGAAAUUGAGAGCCCCGAGGCUGAGCCGGAAGAGGACGAUAAGGAGGAGCAGGAAGAGAGUAGCUUGGUGGUGGGCGGACCAGGUGAGGAUAUCGCUUCCCCGGUGCCAGAAGAAUCAAAGGAGCCAGAUGAUGGUGGUGCCCUCCUUGGCGACCUCCUAGAGACUGAGGAUAUCUCCUCAUCCGAAGAAGAAGGCCUAAUUGAGGAUACCAGCAAUGGCAUGGAAGAUAUAUCAGAGCCGGGUAGUGCAGAUGGCUUGGUGGACAACCUGGACGCCAUAGUCAGGGAGCAGGAGGAACCUUGGCGGUGCGACCAGUCGGGGGAGGAGCAGCCACAGCGUAAGGAGCGGAAGAGCAAGCACAAGAAAGAGACCUGUCAUCAUCGGAAGCAUCGGCGUCACCGACGGACCAACAGCAGCAAUGAGGACCGUGAAGAAGGAGAGAUCAUUGAGGAGAGUUCGCCAUCCUCUUCGAGCCGACGACGGAAGGAUGUGGAGCCACCUGCAAAUGACCUGGCUGAGUUGGCACCACGUAUCAAUAUUUCCGAGUUACCGCGGAUCCCCAAAAUCAAGAGGGGCGACAAGGCAGUCAGUCAUGCUGCUGAUAGCGAAUCCAGCGUUGCAGGUGAUGGCAAAAGUAUGACAGUGGCAUCGCAUGCAGAAGUAAAGCGCACCAGUGUGUUGAGCAGGGUUGACUCGGGCACUGAUAUCAGCUGGAAAAAACUGUCUAAGCACUCACGGGAGCGCAGCUACCGAGACGGAAAGCAGCGGGAUGACACAGUGUUGUUCAAGGAGCGCGACAUCAAAAAACGUGAGAGAGACAGUCGGGUUGAGCGCUCCGAUAAUGUGGCACGCAAGGAUACUGAGGCGAGGGCAAGCUCUCCCUCACCGCCACCACCACCAAAAAAGAAGGAACGGCGCCCCGACCGGGAGCUCUACGUUCGCCCUGACAAGAAGCGCGACUGGAACAAAAAGGACAAAGAAAAAGAGAGGUCAUCACACAAGGACAGCAAGUCAUCAUCAUCAUCACACAAAGACCACAGGGACAAAUAUAAGGAGAGAGACAAGCAUAGCAGAAGUGGCAGCAGCAGCAAAGAGCGCACUCGCCACAGUAGCAAGGACCGACGACGGAGCAACUCGAAAGAACGCCGUGAGCGCAGCCACAGCAGCCGACACCAUCGAGACCACUCUGACGAGCGCUCGUCAGAGAAGUCCUCUAAGCACAAGGAUUCACGUCGAGCAGAUGACCGAGAGUCAAGACGCUAUGAUGACAGGGACAGUAGGGAUUCGAGAGAAAAACGAGACUCAAGAGAAGCGCGAAGCUCUAGAGAAACAAGAGAUUCAAGGGAUGAUGGCAGUCGAGGAAGAGAGCCGAGAGAUGCGAGGGAUUCUAGGGAUACUAGGGAGUCAAGAGACACGCGGGAGUCAAGAGACAACAGGGAAUCGAGAGACGUGACGAGAGACAGCAGAGAAUCGAGAGACAGCAGGGAAUCGAGGGACAGCAGGGAAUCUAGGGAAGGUAGAGAAACUAGGGAGUCGCGAGAGGUAAUUAGGGAGCCACGGCGGACUGAAGAAAAGAUUAAGGUGGUUGUCGAGAAGGAUUACUGGCGCGAUAAGCAUGAGCGGCGGAAAGAACGGUCACCCAGCCCUUAUUUAGAGGAGGCAGAAGAACACACACCCAUCGAGUCAAAAGAGGUGAUUGCCAAGGGUGACAGCAUCAUAAUCAAUGUAAAUUUCAACCGCAGCAAGAAGGAAACAAAGUUGGCGCCUGUGCCAAUGAAAGAUACCGAUGCACAUCCUAAACCUAGUGUCAGGGAGUCACGGUCACGUAAGCGUGAGGCCUCUCCUGCCACACCACAGUAUGGAAGUGACAGUGAUGCCAACGAGAGUUCGUCCAAAAGGAGACACCGCCACCAUCGAAUCGGCCAUGACGGUGGCAGGGACGAAAGUGAAGCGAGUGAGCAAGACGAUGAGCAAGAGGCGAUGGAGAGGUCACCAGCAUCUCCGGCAUAUGACUUCGGUGAUCAGGCAUCAGCGUCUUCGCCAUCGGGGAGCGAUGGCUUUGUAGAUAACAAGCCAAGCACACCCCCAGAAGUGCAUGUGUCACCCCCAUCGCCUGCUGCUGCGGACAAGUCACCGACAUCAUCACAAGCGACUCCUCAGGCGCCGGAGCCACCAUCACCACCGUUACCCCAGAUGGCCAUUUUGUCAAGCGGCUCCGCCAUACAGUUGUCACCGCGGUCGCCCCCAUCACCGCCAGAGGACAACAGCUACGACCCGUGUGAGCCAACCAAAAGCCCAAGCCCACCGCCACCACCAAUGGCCACAGUUGCAACGGCUACCGAGACCGAUCCAUGCCCACCUCCUGAGCCGGAGUUGCCACCACUUCCACCAGAACCAGAGCCGCCGGCCCGCACUGCAAUGGCAACAGCAGCAUCCUUGCCACCAACUCUGCCCUUGCCGUCGGUGACAGUUGCAGCGCCUGUCAGUGGCCCACCAGUGCUCCCCACCAUGGCAGGGCUGCAGUUGCAACCUCCGCCACCAUUCUUGCCAGCAAGGCCUCUCACUACGGUGGUGGGAAAUCUGGCUGGUGCCUGGGCUCCAGCUGCGGCGCCCAUGAUCCUUGGCCUUAGGGCACCGUUUGUGCCACCGGCACUCGGUGCACUUCUACCCCCGCCGAUGGGCCUCAUGCCACUGAGGCCACCGCCAGCGCCAAUCGUGCGGCUUGCCCCACCCAUAGUCACUGCACCUACUGCCCCAACGACUCUCAGCUUGCCCCCUGAACCAGCGUUACGGGUAGCAGAGCAGACAGGUGUUGUGGAUAUGGAUGUUUCAACGCCACUGCUAUACUCCCCCACGGAUGUUCCAAUUUCCCCUCCGGAGCCUGCUGCGAUGCCUCCUCAACCGGCACCUGUUGCGCAAAAGGCAUCGUUCGACUCCCUUCUUCCAGCUGACCGGAAAAGUGGCAAAAGCAGUUCCAAGUCCAAGCGGCAGCACACCAGCAGUAGUGGUGCUUCUUCACAAGAUGCUAAGCAUAUUGUGCACUUUGUGGUCGACAAGGGCAAGGGUGGUUCGUCGAAUGUGACCCGGAGCCGGUCGGAGUCCAAGUUUAGCAGUCGCAGCAUGGACGAAAGCCAGCUCCAGAUCCUCGACGAACUGCCCAGCUCUGCUGUUGAGAUGCAGGUCAAGGAUAAGUUCCUGAAGAAGCUGAACAGGCAGGAGCGUGUGGUGGACGAAGUGAAGCUGGCACUCAAGCCUUACUACAAUCGCCGCGAAAUCUCCAAGGAGGAGUACAAGGACAUCCUCCGGAAAUCUGUUCCAAAGAUCUGCCACAACAAAAAGGGUGAGAUCAACCCAAUGAAAAUCAAGGCGUUUGUCGAGGGGUACAUCCGAAAGAUCAAGCACCACCGCAAGAAGCUGAGUAGUGAGCACCGACACAAAGCAUCCUGAGCAAUGAGUGACUGCCACCUCGGGCCCUCGUCGUCACCGUGAAAGGAGCGCUUCGCCUCGUGAAGUGGCCGUCGGAGUUUGUACCUGGCAGCACCCAACGAGUCAUCAUCAUCAUGUGGUGGGCACUUGUCAUCGCACGUCUGCCAGCUGCGUGUUGUACAAACAAAGGACCGUCUCCCGUCCCCUUCCUGCCACGAUUCACUACGAGCCCUCCCUUCGCCCACUGCCCACCCAGUCCAGCCUCCAGCCAAGCCAGCUGCAAUGACUGGCCCGCGACCAGAGAAAUCCACAUUGUCACCCCAGAUCUUUCGGCAAUGACUGCAUCUUUAAUACGUUGUAAAGUAAGACGAAGCAGAGGAGAGACCGCUGUGUGCACAUGUCCGCAGUGCAAUUGUGUGUGCGUGUGAAAUGAACUGUGAUUGGCGUACCACCGGCAGCAACUGCUGUGCACACAGUGUCUCUUAUCACGUGCCCAGACCUUGUGUAAAUAUAGCGCGUGGGUCAUCUGCUAAAAUUAAAAAAAGCUAACACAUUGAAAAACUGUC